AUGUACGGCGCUCCUGCCCAGCAUGGCUAUGCCGCCCCUCCCCCGCCCCAGUACGGCGCACCUGCUGCCAUGCCCGCACACAUGGCCGGCCCAGACCCCAAUCUCGCCAUCGGCACCAAUCCCAGCGCAUUCGCCAACAUGUACAACUCGCAUCUCAAGUCGCUCACCUUCAACUCCAAGCCCAUCAUCACCAACCUCACCGUCAUCGCACACGACCACGCCGCAACCAUGUCGGCCGUCGUAGCAAAGUGCCUCGACGACCACAUUAUGCACUCCCACCCCUCCAUCCGCCUCCCCGCCCUCUACACGCUCGACUCGAUCUCCAAAAACAUCGGCCACCCUUACACCCAGCUCUGGGCGGCACGCAUCGUUCCGAUCUUUCUCGAAUCGUAUCGCCUCGUGGACCAGCCCACCAAGAUGCGCAUGGAGGAACUCCUCGCCACCUGGAAGAUCGCCGGCCCGGGCGCACGCCCGCUCUUCGGCGACAAUGCCCAGUGGAGCAUCGAGCGUGCGCUGUUUGGCAGCCAGGGCAUGCCACAGCACAACGCUGCUGCUCACGCCGCGCCCGUCGCAGACCCUCGCGCGAGCACCGCCAAGUCCAAGGCCAAAGCCAUCGAGGACAUCGACAGGCUCCUCGCCAUCGACGGCCAGGCGCUCGCUGCCAACCCGGCGGACCAGUCGCUCCACGAGAGAGUCGACUCGCUCGCACAGCUCAAGCAGGUCAUCCUCACCGCAGACCUCUCGCAUCAAGAAAUGGCCCAGAUCCAUGCGCAGCUCGACAGCCUCUCGGCCGCAUCGCAGCAGUCCAAUCCGUCCGGCCAUGCAGCCACGAUGCAGGCUCAGCCGCAAGCGGCCGCUGCGCCCGCGCUGCCACAGGGUCUCUCCGGUGCCCUCGCCAGUCUUUCGUCGCUCGCGCCUCCGGCAGCCGCCGCACCCGCCGUCAACGGCGGACAAGCACCGCCGAGCGCGGCAUCGUCGCUGAUCGCCUCGCUCAUGCAGGCGGGUCUCUUACCCGGAUCUUCCACCCCUUCUACUGCGGCUGCCACGCCUCCGCCCGUCGAGAGAGACCAAGAUGAAGACUAUGUGAAUGCAAUCCUCUCGCUUGACAUCAAGAUCUCGGGUCCCGAAUUCAACCGCGAGCCGGCGUGUUGGUACGAUCUCAUCCUGCACAAGCAUCUUGCGCAGCAGUGUCGGCAGUGUGCCAACCGCUACCCUGCGGGCGCGAAAGCUCAGACGCGCAUGGAUGACCACCUUGACUGGCACUUUACGCAGAACCGUCGGGCCAAGGACAGUGCGGCGCGCGGGCAGUCGCGCUCGUGGUUCGACCGACUCGACGCCUUUAUCCGGGGCGGCUUUGACGACACGGCCCGCACCACCCGCUCCGGUGCAGCUGACGAGGGUGAGGGCAAAACAACACUCAGUGCAGCACAGGACAAGGCGUUGCGCGACAAGUUUGCAAAGACGUUUGUGGUUGUGCCGAGCGAUGCGGAUGUGGCGGCGCGGCCGUGUGCGAUCUGCAAGGAGCCGUUCAAGAGCCAGUGGAGCGAAGACGAGGAGGAGUGGAUCUGGCUCAACGCCAUUCGUGUCGAGGAUAACGGAAACCAGGUUUACUACCAUGCUAGCUGCCACCACUCGGCCAAGAGUUUGACCGACAGCGUCGCAGAUCGCCGAACGGCCAGCGUGGGCGUCAAGAGACGCAGCACCAGCCGCACCGCCACACCCUCCGCAUCCACCGCCGCAAGAAAGAGGAAGUCGGACCUCGAACCUGCGCUGGACAUCGUAGAAGAACCACCGACGAAAAAGUCGGCCGUCUAA